GACCUGUACAAAGAUAGACCUUUACGCCUAGUUUCGUAAUUUCCUAAUUCUUUUCCUAACAAAAUUAGCGUUUUUGGUUUUUGGCUGAAAUAUUUACGAUCCUUGUCCUCUCAAGCAACACUCAACUUGACCAAGUCUAUUUUCAUUGUCUUUCUUCCACUCUUGGGAAAAGUUUGUUGAACCGGCGGUUUCAUCUUUUCUUUUAACUUUCUUAUAAUUUCCGAGCUAGUUCAGUAGUAACCAAGCCAAGGGGCUGGUGGGAGAUCGCAGAGACGUACGAGCACUGAUCGUAUUAUACUUAUGGAUAGAAUGUGUGGUUUCCGUUCGACGGUAGACUAUUCAGAGAAACCGGCGUUGAUGAUGAUGCCGUCAGAUUACCAGUCUUUGCUCUGUUCAUCCGCCGGAGACAAUCGCGUGUUUGGAUCCGACGAACUCGCUACCGCUUUGUCGUCGGAGACACCUUGGAUCCCUCCUCCGCGUAUACGAAAAGCUGAGGAUAGUUUCUCGCUUGGCUUGAUCAAAUCGAAGAUUGCUUGUCAUCCUUUGUAUCCUCGCUUGCUCCAAACCUACAUCGAUUGCCAGAAGGUGGGAGCGCCUAUGGAGAUAGGAUACAUAUUGGAAGAGAUUCAGAGAGAGAACGAUGUGUACAUGUACAAGAAGCGAGAUGUUACUCUGAUUUCUAGCUUUGGAGAUGAUCCUGAGCUUGACGAAUUCAUGGAAAGCUACUGUGAUAUAUUGGCUAAAUACAAAUCUGAUCUCGCGAGGCCGUUUGAUGAGGCUACGUCUUUUUUGAACAAGAUCGAAACGCAGCUCCAGAACCUGUGCAUUGGUCCCGCGUCAGUUACAGGCCUUUCAGAUGAUGGAGCGGUUUCAUCUGACGAGGAACUGAGAGAAGCUGAUGAUGACGUAGCAGCACAUGAGAGCCAACAAAGAAAUAAUGACCGGGAUCUCAAGGACCUGCUGCUCCGUAAAUUCGGUAGCCAUAUCAGUUCAUUGAAACUCGAGUUCUCUAAGAAGAAGAAGAAAGGAAAGCUACCAAGAGAAGCUAGACAAGCGUUGCUCGAUUGGUGGAAUGUUCAUUAUAGAUGGCCUUACCCCACUGAAGGUGACAAAAUAGCCCUGGCUGAAGAAACGGGUUUGGAUCAAAAACAAAUCAACAAUUGGUUUAUAAACCAAAGGAAACGUCAUUGGAAGCCUUCGGAGAACAUGCCGUUCGCAAUGAUGGACGAUUCUAGUGACACAUUCUUUACUGAGGAAUGAAAAAAAAAAAGAUAUGAGUAAAAAGGAGUAAAAAGCUUUAGUACAUGGGACGUCAUCGGGAAUGAAUCAUGCUCGCCAAAAUGUACUAGAAUUAUGUCAAAUAUAUAUCUUCUAGUAGUUCAGUGAAAGAACACCAACACGAGCCGUUUUUGUGGGAUCAAAUGAGAUUUACCAUUUUAUCUUCUUUCACCAUUUCCUUGGAAGCAAUUUCUAUUAUUUGCUU